UUCUUGUGUCUGGCUUCUUUCAUUCCACGGGACAUCACUGAGAUUCACAUGUUGUUGUGUCCGGGAGCUCCUUCGGAAGAGCUCCCAGCGUAGAAUGACAUGUUCCCUCAGCACUUAGCACUGUGCUAAGAACUUGACAUGUAUUGAUUUACGUACACCCCCCAACCCUAUGAAGUUCUAAGACCUAGAAUCAGAGACACAGGGAGCUUAAUAAGGACCUUGACCAGGCUCAAACAGUCCAGCCAUAGCCAAGCUAGGGUGCAAUGCAAAGGCAGGCAGUCUGGUUCUGGAACCAAGGUUCUUCACAGUGUGCUGAUGGCCUCCCCAGUGCCCACUGUGUCUGUGCCUAGCCUUGUGUGCAUUAAGUGGCCUGGCAUGUACUUGCAGGACUGGGGGGCCUGGAUGUGGCUGGAGGGAGAGGGAGGGGAUUGACAGUGGCUGCAGGUUUCUGGCUUGAGUAACUGGGUGGGUGGCAGUGCCGUUACUAAGAUAGGGAACACAGGAAGAGGAACAGAUGGCACGGUGGGGGGGGUUGGUGGGGAACAGAGACAAGGGGUUCGAUUUGGGGCCUCUGGAAUUUUAUGUUUCUAAGGGACGGCCAGGCAGAGAUAAAAAGUGGGGAUUGGGGUUUGGGCGUGUGAUUCCGCAUCCGCCACCCUGUAGACAGCAUCUGGAGUUGGGAAAGGAUGAGGUCUCCCUGCGGGGCUGGUAGGAGCAGGGUAAGUGGGUGUGGUUUGCCCACGGAUGUUACUGUGUGUCUCUGUGGGUCUGCACGUGUGUGUAUGUGUGUGCCUGGCUCUGGGGCAUGAGUUCCCUCCUCUCCUGGGAGAGCCUGCAGGUCAGCUGGGAGCUGGGUUGUUUUUGUUUGUGGUUUGUAGGGGGUGCGGGUGCCAAGCCUGAGAAACUACCCGCUGAGAAGCCCCCGGAAGCACCUGUGCAUUCUCUUCCCCAGCCCCAGUGUGAAGGUUAGCAAGGAGGGGAGUUUCUCUUGCUUCUCUCUUGUCUGGGAAGAGGCCGUGCUUUGUGCUUCUGGAGACUUUUAUCCAGCUGCCAAUGCCCAGACCCCAGAGUACCCCCGGCAUCACCAUGACUGGGCCACUGAAGAGGAAGUUUGACCAGCUGGAUGAGGACUCCUCCUCGCUCUGCUCCUCCUCCUCCUCUUUGUCUUCCCCGGGCCGCCGUUCUUGCUCCUGCUCUCCCAGCUCUUCAGUCUCCCUGGCCUGGGACUCGGAUGAGGAGGGCCCCUGGGAUCACUUGCCCUUGCCUGCCCGUGACUUCUGUGACUUCCGAAGUUUCACGCCCCUGUCCAUCCUGAAGAGGGCUCCCCGGAAGCGUCCAGGCCGCGUAGCCUUCGAUGGCAUCACUGUCUUCUACUUUCCCCGGUGCCAAGGCUUCACCAGCGUGCCCAGCCGAGGUGGCUGCACUCUGGGUAUGGCCCCCCGCCACACUGCCUGCCGCCGCUUCUCCUUGGCUGAAUUUACACAGGAGCAAGCCCGGGCACGGCGUGAGAAGCUGCGCCUACGCUUGAAGGAGGAGAAGUUGGAGGCUCUACGGUGGAAGUUUGCGGAGUCUGGGGUACCCGAGACGGAGGCGAGCCUGCCACUCACAGUGGACGCCAUCGAUGACGCCUCUGUAGAAGAGGACCUGGCUGUGGCCGUGGCAGGUGGCCGAUUGGAGGAAAUGACCUUCCUACAGCCCUACCCGGCCCGGCGGCGACGGGCUCUGCUGCGGGCUGCUGGUGUGCGGAGGAUUGAUCGCGAGGAGAGGCGGGAGCUGCAGGCCCUACGCCAGUCCCGGGAGGACUGCGGCUGUCGCUGUGAUCGGGUCUGUGACCCUGAGACCUGCAGCUGCAGUCUGGCAGGCAUCAAGUGCCAGAUGGACCACACUGCGUUCCCUUGCGGCUGCUGCAGGGAGGGCUGCGAGAACCCCAAGGGCCGCGUGGAAUUCAAUCAGGCCCGGGUGCAGACUCACUUCCUGCACACGCUUACCCGCCUGCAGCUGGAGCAGGGGGCUGAGAGCCUGGGGGAGCUAGAGGCUCCUGCCCCGGGCAGCCCAGCCAGCCCCGCUGAGCAGGCCCUGGCUCCUGCUUUUCCUCUGGCCAAGCCCCCUGUGAGCAGUGAGCUGGGCGAGAACAGCUGUAGCAGCGACAUGACCGACUCGUCCACAGCUUCGGGUACAAGUGAGGCCCCCAGCAGCGCCACGCACCCAGCCCUGCCUGUCCCUGGCUUCCAGCCUGACGUGGAUGAUGACAGCCUGGCCCGGGUCCUGAGUCUCAGUGACUCUGACCUAGGAGGAGAGGAGGAGGAGGAAGAGGAAGGGGGGGUGGGGGGCCUCGACAACCUCAGCUGUUUCCACCCCGCUGAUAUCUUUGGUACUGGUGACCCUGGUGGCCUGGCCGGCUGGACCCACAGCUAUUCCAGCUCUAGCCUCACGUCGGGCAUCCUGGAUGAAAAUGCCAACCUGGAUGCCAGCUUCUUCCUAAACGGGGGCCUUGUGGGGUUGGGAGAAGGAAGCCUCCCUGGCACCUCGGUGCUGCCCAGCUCGGACGCUGGCCAGAGCGACUCUGUGGACCUCAGCUUGUCUUCCUGUGACUCCUUCGAGCUGCUCCAGGCCCUGCCGGACUAUAGUCUGGGGCCUCACUACACCUCCCGGAAGGUGUCUGACAGCCUGGACAACCUCGAGGCACCCUGCUUCCCCUUGCCUGCCUUUUCUCCACCAGGGGACGCUGGCGCUUGCUUCCUGGAGUCCAUCAUGGGCCUGCCUGAUGCAGCUGCCGAGGCCCUGACUCCCUUUGUGGACAGCCAGCUGUUUGAGGAUACUGCCCCCGCGCCUCUGGUGGGGCCAGUGCCUGUGUGAGGACAAGGGUACCUCCCACGGUCCCGAGAGCCCCAAGAGCUGCCUUGUAGUAAUAAUGGGGACUCCCUGAGGUCUGUAUGUUAAGGGUUUCCCUUUGGCUGGCUCAUCCAUGUGGGCACUCCUGAUUUUUGUGCAACACUCUGGAUUGAUUUAUUUAUUUUUGUAACUUUCUGUGCUGGAGAGAGGGCGGGGAGGGGGCUUUCCUUUUCAGCCACUUGGCCCCCCACCCCCACCCCCCAAAGCCCAUACAGUCUCUACUUCCACUUCCACGGUGUGUGCCAGGAACAGGAGGAAACAGGGCUCCUCUGGAGCUUUGCAGACCCCUUUUUGGUCUUGUGUGAUGUUCCUUAGCCCGAACAAUACAAGGCUGAGAUCAGCCACUUCUAAUGGCUUCUCCUGCUACCCUGAGCCCCAGACCCACCCAGGUGGCUGUAUUUUCUGGACUGUGAAGACUAUAAUUUAUUUCCAUAAUUUAUUUGGAGACUAGAUGGCACAGGCUUCUCCCCUCUGGAUGGGGGGCCGUGCCGGGGUCAGGGUGGGGCACAGACCCCUGUAAGGCCCUUUUGCCUUGUAGUCCCACAACCCUGCCCUGCCUGGGCUUUGGUAUAAAGCAGGUGUGAACCUGGGCCCUAUGUCUCCUGGGGCAGAUGCCUGGCUCUUGGUGGGUGGCUGAGGACAGCAUUGCGGUAGGGGGCUGGGCCGGACUGCUCAACCGUGACCAAAACCCGCUUCUGCCCCACACAGCCCCCUCUGCUUCCUGUCCUCUGCCUCCUCAUCUUCCUCCCUGAAGGCCACAGCCUUUACCUGGGCCAGUAAUGUAGAAGGGAAGCAGGAGGCCCAGAGAGGGCAAGGGGCUAACCUUGGGGCCCGCAGCAUGCCCCUGACUACUAUCUCAGGGCUUUCUGGGCACUGCCUGCCUGCCUGGGCCACCUGCCCAUGCUCUAAGGUCAGUUGGCUGGAGUGAGGGGUAGCCCCUUUGCAGCUCCUAUGUCCCUUCAUUUGCUGGGGUUGAGUUUUGCAUCCUUAUUUCUGUAUCGUCCUUGAGUGUUAGAACUAUAAUUUAUUCAUUUUUCUCUAUGUCUGUGCCAAGAAGCCCAGGCUCUGGGCCUACCUUCUUGCCCAGGAGGCCUUGCCAGCCUGUGUGCUUGUGGGAACACCUUGUACGUGAGCUUACAGGUACCAAUAAAGAGGCUCUAUUUUUAACA